GGCAGCUGUGUGUCGUUUCAGGCUGUAUUACAGAAGUAUAACUGGAGACUAAUAAUAACAAGUCUAUCACAGUAUGUCAGUGUAUUACUGAUAAGUGCAGCUCACCUGAACGGACCCUUCAGUCAUGAACUCUCCAACCAACAGAGACGAUGCACACCAGCCAGAGCACUACAUGCCCCAAUCAUCAUCCUCCUCAUCGUCAGGAGGAGGAGGAGGAGGAGGAGGUCUGUAUCUGGAUGCCUAUGAGGUCUCCUUCCCUCUGGAGGAGAGCAUCGAGAGGCCACCUGCGUAUCACCUGAACCAGGGUGAGCAGAUGAUGGACGAGCCCGCGGUGCAGGAGCCUCCUCACUCUCCGUACAGCCCGUUCAUCCUGGUCUCUAACCUGCGAGCUCACCUGUACGUCACUCUGGAGAAGAACGCCUGGCUGCAGAAGCGCAUCGAGGAGCUGGAGGAGGAACGCAACUUCCUGCGCUGUCAGCUGGACCGAUUCAUCGUCAGCAUGAGGGGUCCCGAGGUGACAGAGUGGUGUGGAGACUCCCAGCGGGGUGUGAAGGUCCAGCCUGCCAGCUCUCCCUCCCCUCCCUCCCCCAUGACCACGAGGUCUGGGAUGACCCUGAAACGGCUGCAGGGAUCAGGAUCUCGGACCCGUCGCAGCACUGCCAUCCCCGUGAAGCAGGAGUUUCAUCUGGAGGAGGAUAAAUACUACACCGAGGACGAGUACGUGGAGGAAGAAGAGGAGGAGGACGAGGAGGAGGAAGACGAGGACUCCUCGGUGGAGAAGGGGUCAAAGAAGAAGGGCCGAGGGCGAGCCAACGGAGAGCCGAGGAUGAAGAUGAGGAGGAUCUUCAGGAUCACCCACGGGAGGGAGAGACAGAGAGUUAAAGACCCAGAGGGGGUCAUGAUCCGCUACAAGAAGAUCCUGACGACCUACCAGCGGGUGAGGAGCAUGUCCCGAGCCUUCCAGAUCCACGGAGUCGACCGAAACACCAUGGCCUCCACCUCCCCCAUCGCAGAGCUGCUGCUGAUGGCUCCAGAGAAGGUGGCGGAGGUCGGGGAGUUCGAGGCGUCGAAGGAGAAGCUUUUGGAUUACGCCCGGCGGUGCUACAAGACCAUGGACGAGCCGACGCACGCCAAGGUCCAGGCCAUGAAGAAGACUCACAAGCUGCUGCCGAUCUCAUACAGGUUCAGAAACUGACCAACAGGCUGGAGGAGACGGGAGGUUCAUCUUUAUUUUGAACUGUUUCCACUUUACUUUUUCAUUGCCUUAAAAGAAGAAGAAGAUACAAUACAUGUGGAAAUGUUAUUAGAUGCCAAAUAACAGGAUUUAUUUAGUUUGAAAACAUUUAAGGUUUUUUGCUUGAUUUGUAUUUGUGAUUUUCCUUUUUAUUCAUCGAGCAGCUGUAAAGGUGGGAAGGAUUUAUUUUUGCUGUAGCUCAGUUGUUGUGAAGAUUUUCAUUCGAGGUUAAAGUCACUUUUUGCUUUUCCUCAGGAAUUAACUGGAGUUAUACUUUAACUAGAAGACACCAAAGUAAUCAGUAAAUGUGUCAUUCUGGACAAAGACUUGAAUUUGCUCUGGGAGUAUUUACAGACCCUAGAUGAUCGUUUACUAAGAUGA